AUGGCCGCAGGGACAUCAGCGGGGCCCGUGAUUCCACGAUUGAGGCCUCGAGGCUCAGGGAGGGCAAUGGUUGCCAUGGUCUCGCUGGCAGUUGCUGCUACCGUCUUGGGGGAUUCCGCCUCUUUUCUUGCAGUGCCUCGGGACAUCCCUGUCUCUGCAUCGCGCAGGGCUUUGGCGCUGGGGACUCUGACGACCGUGGCCUUGGAGACGACCGGGGCCUCAGCGGAAGAGUCCUGGACGGCUCAGGUGGGAAGCGACGGCUUUGCGACGGUGGCCGAGGCCCUGAAAGCCGUGCCCAAGGACUGUAAGGCUGCUGUGGUGACGGUACUUGAAGGCACCUACCGAGAGCGGCUUCUCAUUCCCCGUGGCCCGAGCCUGACGCUCGAAGCGCAGAAGCCGGGGUCCACGACGCUGAUCUGGGAGUCCGAGAAGCCUUACGAGGCCGUUUUGACGGCGGAGCAGGGAUCCCAAGCGACAGUCCGAGGUUUCAACAUCAAGCACGCAGGGAAGAGCGUGGCCAACAACUACGCAAUCUUUUCUUCGGGAGGAGACCUUUCACUGGAGGACUGCGAUGUUACAUCCUCGACGGGUGCCGGAGUGGCUGCUGAAGGGGGCCGACUCUCGCUGCGAAGAUGUCGGGUGCACGACUGCGCUCGACAGGGAGCGGUGCUCUUUGGGCCGAUAAUCGGCGACGAGCCGCUGCAAGCUCGCUGCUCCUGCAGCGUCUUCACUGGCAACGGCCUCUUUCUGGGAGAUAAUGAUGCGAUACCUGGGCCUUUUGACGGAAUUCUGGCGCGAAACAACGUCGAGGCUUCUAUCUCAGACGUGGUGGUCGAAGGGAGCGGCUUGGCAGGCCUUGCAGUUAUGGAGGAUACUCGUGUCGAGACUUCGGCACUUACCUUGCGAGGCAACCGCCAGGGUUCCAGCCGUGUUAAGAACGGUGGGGAGCUGGUAGCGGUUGAACGGGCCAACGACAGCAAGUGCUGA